CUCACCUAUUCUCAAAAAUGACCAUCCAUCUUCCUCUGGAAAUCCACACCCAGAUCUUCAAUAUUCUGCUUGAGGACCUGUAUGAUCCCGAACAUCCUCAAGAGGCAUUUAAGCUUCGCUUGAUUUCCAAGUCAAUACAAGGAAUCCUUGACCCGGUCUUGUAUAGAAAGAUUAAAACACCAUCAGACAAUGGGGUGCGCAUUCUUUGCCGCACGAUAAUACCACGGCCUCAACUUGCGGCUCAGGUUGAGGAGAUUCACCUGGAAGAAGGCGAAUGGUCAGAAUCUGAUGAAGAGGAGGAGGAUGAAGAGGAGGAGGAUGAAGAGGAGGAGGAUGAAGAGGAGGAGGAUGAAGAGGAGGAGGAUGAAGAGGAGGAAGAGAACACAGAUGCAGAGUCUGAUUCUGGUUCAGAUUUAAAGGUUCAACGAGCGCGUAUGAGACAAGAAUCAAAGCUCCUAGCAGGAGCAGCAGACCACCUCAAAGACAGAUUCACAUCUGAUCCUUCACGCUCUGUCGCGCUUAAGAAAAACAACCUCUCCUGGCUCACGCGAUCAACCCAUAAAACCAGAAAAUGGCUUCUGCUCUUUCAGCUCUCCAACCUCAAGUCUCUCACAUUAGAAACCCACACUGACACAUUCACAAACAUGGCCUUGUUUCUUCGUCUUCCCCGCCUGGAGGAGCUAGACUUUGCCGUGCUAGCCCACAGUGUUGAUCGCCCACCAUGCCUCAACUAUGCUCCACCUGAGGAGAUCCUAGAGAGCAUAAUCCGCCACACUGAUCGGCUGAAAUCCCUUAGGUUCGAAGACAUGAGCGGAACAGUGUGCUUCCCUGUUCAGCAUGAUGCGCCUAAACUAAAGCGGAUUCUUGAGAAGUACGUCGCAGAGACACUCACAUACCUCUCCAUCUGCCUCUGCAAUAAUGAUGAGAAGGACUGGCGGGAGGAUCAGGAGUUCAGCUACAUUACGGGGCAUUUUGGAUCUAUGAAGAAGUUCACAAGAUUAAAAGGGCUCAUAAUGCAGCUGGAGGUCUUGCUUGGUAAGACCAAUGACAAUGAUGGGCUGAGACUUAAGGAUGUUCUACCCUCACAAUUGGAGUAUUUCACCGGUUUAAAUCUUCCAGGUUACGAAGCGGAUAGCAUCUGGGAUGAAGAGCAUUAUAUUUUGCAAUUUAAGGAUCUGGCUGAAGCCGUGAUGCGAGAUGGUCGAGUAUUUCCCUCACUGGAAUCCGUUAAAAUGCAUCUACACCGAAAGGAUUACUUUUCCACUGAUAAAGAGUGUAUUAUGAAAGAGCAGUAUAAUGACGGAGUGCUGGGUGACUCACGGAUCUACUUUGGUUUCGUGCGCGGUCCAUAUGCUGAUGACGGGCCAGGACCGGGAUAA